GAACACUUCCACGGUCACAGCAUGCCGGGGCUGCUGCUCGGAGAUGUAUUUCCUGAUUUCGAGGCAGAAACCACACAAGGGACGAUUAAACUCCAUGAAUUUCUCGGUGAUUCAUGGGGAAUCUUGUUCUCCCACCCCAAAGACUACACCCCUGUGUGCACCACAGAGCUGGGCCGGGCUGCCAGACUGAGCGGCGAGUUCGGCAAACGCAACGUCAAGCUGAUCGCCUUGUCCGUCGACGGCCUGGAGGACCACCAUGGCUGGACCAAGGACAUUCUGGCGUACAACUGUGAGGAGUCGGCCUGCUGCUCGCUGCCCUUUCCCAUCAUAGCGGACAGCAAACGGGAGCUGGCAGUCGCCUUGGGCAUGCUAGACCCAGAUGCGAAGGACAAAGACGGCGUUCCGCUCACCGCUCGCUGUGUGUUUAUUAUUGGCCCCGACAAACGCCUGAAGCUGUCUCUGCUCUACCCGGCCACCACAGGACGCAAUUUUGACGAGAUCUUGCGGGUGGUGGACUCCCUCCAGCUCACAGUGGGGAAACGAGUGGCCACACCCGCCGACUGGAAGCCCGGAGACUGUGUGAUGGUCCCUCCCAGCAUGUCCGAAGAGGAGGCGGCCGCUUUGUUCCCAGCUGGCAUCUACACCAAAGACCUGCCCUCGGGCAAGAAGUACCUGCGCUACACACCCCAGUCAUGAGCACAGGCAGGGAUGAUCAACACUCACUUUCAGGACUUUAUACAGCAGCUCUCAGUCUUACAGGCCAUGAACACUGCUGGUUUUCAUUCCUAGCAGGUAGAUAUUUGCAGACAACUGAGCUGUAAAUCAGUCAGAAUGGAUGGAAAUGAAUACCAGUGCCUUAAGAUGUAGGUAGGAUUAUUCUAAUUUAGACAUUUUACAGAGAUACAACAAUAAAAGCUGCAAAAAUCUAAUUUUUUUCUAAGAU